AUGGAUGUGUAUUUUGGUUUUGUGGUUCUUGAGGGGAUCCUGGCUGUGGCCAUUAUCACCAUCAACCUGCUAGUGUGUGCCACUGUCUACCUGCACAAGGAACUGAGAUGUAUCACCAACUACCUGAUUGUGUGCCUGGCAGUGGCCGACCUUGGUGUGGGAGCCUUGGCCAUCCCCUUCUCCAUGGUGCUCAGCAUGGAGUACAUCCUCUGUUUCUAUACGUGCCUCUUCCUCACAUGCUUUCCACUGGUCACCACCCAGUUCUCCAUCCUCCUCCUGCUGGUCAUUGCCAUCAACGCCCACCUGAAGAUCAAACUGCCCAACAGCUAUGCCAUGCACAUGAAGAAGGGCUGGAUGGGGAUCGCUGUGGCCUUCUGCUGGUUGCUGUCGCUUCUGAUAGGCCUCUCACCAAUGAUGGGCUGGAACCGCUUUCAGCAGUAUGUGGAGACCGGCAACAAGACAGUGGCUUUCAACAUCCCCUCUGAGAGGGUUGCCUUUGUCAUCAUAGCCCACGACCUGCCUUAUGGAGGCUUCCUCUCCAAGAUCUACCCAGGCCAAGAGAAUUUCAACUACAGCGAGAUCCAUCGUGAACACAUGGGCCUCUGUUCCUUCACCUCCAUUUUUAGCCCUGAGUAUCUGGUCUAUUUUAUCUUCUUUACCUGCACUUUGCUGCCCCUGGCUGCCAUGUUGGGCAUCUACGCUGACCUCUUCCGGGUAGUCCGUGGCCACUUCCAGUCACAGGCUCUUUGGCCAUCCAAGAGAAGGGAACUGCAGAUGGCCCGCACCCUCUUCCUCUUGGUGGGCGUCUUUUGCCUUUGCUGGGUGCCACUGCAUGUCAUCUACUCUGUCCAGUUAUUGUGCCCCGAUUGUCAGCACUAUGAGUCACUGAACCGCUUGGCUGUGUUGCUUUCCCACGUGAACUCCUUGGCCAACCCACUGGUUUAUGCGCUGAGGAAGAAGGACUUUGGGCUAGCCCUCCGAUCUGUAUUUCUCCACCGUGUCCUGCAGUGGCCCAGGCUGAAGGCCUGUAGCUGUCCCAGUGCCAAAGUCCAUCCCCAGGCCUGA